UUGCCUAUUUUCCUUGCUAGAAAUAGCCACCUUUUUCUGUAUUUUACACGGUUGUCUGAGAAGAAAUCCUAACGAGUCAUCCAGGUUGUUCUUCUGAGGGUUUUACUGGCUCUCGGUCAUCAUUAUAUAAACAAGGUUCUGGAGACAGAUUCCCGUCUCUGUGAACUCGCUGCCUCUGUUGAAGCAAGGCUUCCUGGCACUCCCGGCCCGCACGCCACGGGGUUGAAACAGUAAACACAGUCAACAGAUUUCAAAAGAAAUCUGGUCAUUCUUCUAUGUGUACAAGAGGUACAGAAUUUGCCAUUGACCCGCAAGCUGCCAAGAUCAGCAAUUGGGCGCCAUCUCCUCACAACAUGGAGAAAGAAAACAAAGCUGGGGCAGCCAGGAAUGAAAAGGCUGUGAGCUGCUUAUACCGAAAGCCUAAUGCAGUUUUUAGGCUGAUUUGCUUUCCCUGGGCAGGAAGUGGCUCCCUUUAUUUUGCCAAAUGGGGCAAAAAGAUGAAUGACUUACUGGAAGUGCACUCCAUAAGGCUUGCUGGGAGAGAAAGCAGAUUUGAAGAGCCUUUUGCCAGUGACAUCUACCAGAUAGUUGAUGAAAUUGUUUGUGUUCUGCUGCCAGUCCUCCAGGAUAAACCAUUUGCAUUUUUUGGCCAUAGUAUGGGGGCCUACAUUGCUUUUAUGACUGCACUACACCUAAAAGAAAAACAUAAGCUAGAACCGAUGCAUUUAUUUGUGUCAAGUGCAACGCCUCUCCAUUCAAAGGCCAGGUAUCGCGUUCCUGAAGAUGAAGAAUUGUCAGAAGAGCACAUUCGCUCUUUCAUUUUGAAUUUGGGAGGCACUCCCACGGAUUUCAUUAAUGACAAGGAAAUUUCUCAACAACAUCUGUCCAGACUGAUGGCAGAUGCACGCAUUCUUCGCAAUAUCACCUUUAAUGCACCAUCUGAGGCCAUUCUAUCUUGUGACUUGACAUGCUUUGUUGGAUCUGAAGAUAUAGUAAAGGAUAUAGAAGCCUGGGAAGAUGUCAUCAGUGGGAGUUUUCAUAUUCAUGUGCGUCCAGGAAAUCACUUUUAUCUCAUGGAAACUUCCAAUGAGACCUUCAUCAUGAACUACAUAACCAAGUGUCUAGAAAUAUCGAUGCUUGCCUGACUAGACAUUUUUCCGGUCUUAAAAAGUCCAAGUGAUUAUAUGAUACUUAAAAUUUUAUUUUCAGAAGUAGUUCAUUGUUUUCAUUCAGAAAUUGGAAAGCUAUACAUUUGCUACGGUCGGGGGAUUUGUUAUAAAUACACACACCUGUAUCUGGGGACAAAAGACAGAUGGGUCAAGCAUACUUCUGAUAGGGCCUUUGUCUUUGUAUUAGAAUCUCAUUUGAGUCUCAUCUGUGGGAAGUUUGUCAACAAAAUUCCUGCUUAGUAAAUGAUCCAUUUUUACAUUCAAUUAUUUUAACAGUGAAAAUGGCAGACAGGGCACCUGCUUGAAAUUAAAUUGUUUCAGCUGCACACGGGCUCAAAGCUUGAUCUAAUCUUUUGAAUUAUAGGCUCAUUCCAAUUAAUUAGAAAAUGUAACCUACUGCUUGGUUAAAACAAGACGGUCCUAAACAAUCAUUGCCGGCUGCUCUGUUGGUACUCAGAGUGCCGGGGAGCCCUUGCCCCCUUCUGGUGGGUUCCUCCUACAUCGAUUGCCCUUUGGCUCUGGGUGGCCCUGCUGUUGCCCUGGCAGUGACUGACUUUGACCCAGGGGGAGUAUGGAGUGGCCAAGUACAAACGCCACGUCCCCAUAGGCACCUCAGCCUCACUCUGUGACUAUUUGAUGUUGACGUGAGGAGGAAGCAGAACAGCUGGAAGCAAACAGGAGCAAAAAGGGGGAAAAGCAGGGAUGGGAAAAUGAGCUGGGUCAAAACAAUGAAGACUACAGGUGGGUAGAUGCUCCCAAUGAGAAUGAAGAGGCCCCGUGUCUCUGAGCCGUGUGGAUCCUGCAGGCUCCGGCAAUUCCCAAACUGUUUGUCCUUGGAAUCCUGGCUGUUCUCUCAGACAUCCCGAUUUCCUUAUUUCCUGUGGAUCUUCACUAUAAACUCUAGUACUUGAUUGAUGUAACUUAUGUCUCUUGCUUAUGGCUUAAACUGCUUAACCCAACAUCAUAUAUGAAAAUGUUAACUUUUAAAGCAUUGGUAUGUUUAUGUUCACAUAAUAUGGGUUCAUGUUUUUUAGCAAUUUUAAAAUCAUAUAUAAAGUCUUAGUAAAUAAGAUCAAAGGAAAUGCAUACAGGAGAUAUUUUUCAGAAUUUAUCAGUACUUUUUAAGAAAG